UGAAAGAAACGUAAUGUUCUUACUUAGCAUCCCCGAAAGUAUAUAUCAAUGGUUCUCCUUUUCUUCAACUUUCUGCUAAACAUCAUCUUUCAUCCUACCCAAAAAGUCCCUCUUAUCUUUUUCUUUUUCAAUUGCUCAAUCUUUUCUAUAUAAGCAUACUUUUGUACUCUUCUGGGGUAGUGGGCUUCUCAGGAAAUAAAAAUCCAAGUUGAUCACUGUACGGACUCGGAAACGAUCAGGAUAAAAAGGGAUAAACAUCACCAAAAAACGAAGCUGGAGCAAAAGAAAGAUGGUGGAGAAAAGGAGAAGGAAGUGGUAAACAGAAUAAUCCGGAGGUGGAGAUUGUUCAGAUUACUGAAACAGAUGCCUUUGGAUGUUGUUAAUGAUCUCAAUGGCCUUCAAAGGGUCAUUCUUUCUGAGCCUUGUGGAUNNNUCAUCCAGGUGCUACUGCAAGGUGGACAAGUAGUAUCUUGGAAGAACGAUCGAGGAGAAGAGCUUCUGUUUGUCAGAAGCAAGAAUACCGGCAGAUCAGCAAUGGCCAUCUUAGGUGGAAUAUCCAUUUGCUUUCCUCAGGCCAGUAGUUUGGGGCCAUUUGAGCAGCAUGAAUACCAAAGACACAGGCUAUGGUCAUUAGAGGAAUACCCUCUAGAUCAGGCUCACAAUCGUAGCCAAACAUCUGCAAAUCUCAUCUUAAAACCUUUCGACAAAGAUCCCAAAAUUUGGCCUUGUAGAUUUGAGCUGCGGCUUAACAUAUCUCUUAGUCCAGGAAAGCUCACCCUAAUGCCUUCAGUGAGGAACGCUGGCGAUAAGUCAUUUUCAUUUACAUUUGCAAUCCGCAAUUACUUAUCAGUAUCUGAUAUCAGUGAGGUUCGGGUUGAAGGCCUGGAGACGCUUGAUUACUUGGAUAACAUGCAGCAUAAACAGAGGUUCACCGAGCAAGCAGAUGCUCUUACUUUUGAUAGCGAGGUUAACCGGACCUAUCUAAACACACCACCAAAAAUUGCAAUCAUAGACCAUGGAAAGAAGAGAACGUUUGUGGUGCGCAAACAAGACCUCCCGGACGCUGGAGUGUGGAAUCCAUGGGACAAAGCUAGCAAGAGUGUGGCGGCAAACGUUGGAGAUGACUACAAAAUGAUGCUGUCAGUGGAUUCAGGUGUGUUUGAGAAACCAAUAGUCCUGAAACCUUUCCAAGUUUGGAGAGGAUUUCAAGAGAUUGGGACUGUGUCUUCAAGCUAUUGUAGCGGUCAGUUGGAUCCUAGAAAGGUGGUUCAAGGUAUCAGUUGAGGUAAUGAGCAGAUGAUGAAGUCCAACUCCUGCAAAAUUGGUGUCUCUAUUUCAUGUCUAAAUUAGCUUAAUCUGUCUCCUUUUUGAUGCUUGUAAAGGACAAACUGAGGUUUGGAAUAUGUUUUUAGCAGCAAAACCAAAUAAGUUGAAGCCCAUAUAUAUAUGUAUAUGUCUAAGUACUACUGAAGAUGACUUCAUAGACAUCAAACCUAAAACUAAUGAUUAAGGGUUGUUCGGCCUUCUUUUCUU